AAAAAAAACCCAAAAACAGCUUCCAACAGUGUGCGGUGUGCUGUCCUAUUUUGUAGCUCCUGCUCCGGCUUCUUCUUCUUUGACCCAGCCGAGUAAUUGAAGUUACAGCAGAAAUGAAGAUAUUUCACGUUCCUUGCUUAGAAGACAACUACUCUUACCUAAUCAUUGAUGAGAGCACUAAAGAAGCAGCGGUUGUUGAUCCAGUCGAGCCCGAGAAGCUUGUUAAUGCUGCCAAUGAACAUGGGCUCCAUCUCAAGCUCGUCCUCACUACUCACCAUCACUGGGAUCAUGCUGGGGGGAAUGAGAAGAUAAAGGAGAUGGUGCCUGGAAUUAAGGUGUAUGGUGGCUCACUUGAUAAUGUUAAGGGUUGCACUGAUAAAGUGGGGAAUGGUGACAAGGUCUCACUGGGUGCUGAUGUUAAUAUUUUGGCUCUUCACACUCCUUGUCACACCAAAGGCCACAUAAGUUAUUAUGUGACUGGCAAGGAGGGAGAGGACCCAGCUGUUUUUACUGGCGACACACUGUUUAUUGCUGGUUGUGGGAAAUUUUUUGAAGGCACAGCAGAACAGAUGUAUCAGUCACUUUGUGUAACAUUGGGUUCAUUGCCAAAGCCUACUCAAGUUUAUUGUGGCCAUGAGUAUACUGUGAAGAACUUGCAGUUUGCUUUGACGGUUGAGCCAGACAAUGUAAAGAUUCAGGAGAAGCUAUCAUGGGCUCAGAAACAACACAGAGCAGGGCUCCCCACCAUUCCUUCAACUAUAGAGGAAGAAAUGGAGACAAAUCCAUUCAUGCGUGCAGAGCUUCCAGAUGUUCAGGCAAAGGUUGGUUGCCAUUCCCCCGUUGAAGCUCUUCGAAAGAUAAGGCUAAUGAAGGACAACUGGAGAGGCUAGCUUAGGGAAUGGAUGCGGCCUUUUCAUUUCCGUUUGCUGUGUGCAUGCGGGAAAUGGAUUCUGUGACUAGGUUAUAUGUGUAAACAUCUGGUUUUUCGCUGGCGCUCUCGAAAUAAUCCUUUGCUGUUGCCAGCGCUGCUGUUAAUGUGAGGUAGGAGUGAAACCUCCAAUUUCUUUCAUGUAUUUGCACGGAAGACAUGAAAAACUCACUGAACUAGGCAGGGUCCUGCGCUAAACAGUUGUAUGUUUUUAAUUUAUAUAACUUUCUUUUGCAAUGCCUGUUUACCUGCCCGAAUGUAAUCGCAGCAAUCUAGCUCUCCACAU